AUGAUCAGAACCGUCCAUAAUCAAAGCAAUCCAACGGCAAUCGUUAUCGAUCCGCGUCCUUCACUGUCAUUGGUCCAGUUUCCACAUAUUGUAUUAUAUAAACCUCUCAACCGCUCAAAGUGUAGAAAUACAAUUUCUUCUCUCUCAGUCAUCGGAGCUUAUUGUUGUUCACCCUUCCUGUUCCCAAAUCUUCUCUCGCUAUUAGGUUACGGUUCAUCAAUGGCAGGUCGAGGAAAAACCCUAGGAUCUAGCGCCGCCAAGAAGGCCACCUCCCGGAGCAGCAAAGCCGGUCUGCAAUUCCCCGUCGGCCGUAUUGCUCGUUUCCUCAAAGCCGGAAAGUACGCCGAGCGUGUCGGUGCGGGUGCUCCUGUCUAUCUGGCCGCUGUCCUUGAAUAUCUCGCCGCUGAGGUUCUCGAGUUGGCUGGAAAUGCUGCGAGAGACAACAAGAAGACUCGAAUUGUGCCUCGUCACAUUCAAUUGGCGGUGAGGAAUGACGAAGAGUUGAGCAAGCUUCUUGGAGAUGUCACCAUAGCUAACGGUGGUGUUAUGCCCAACAUUCACAACCUUUUGCUUCCGAAGAAGGCUGGUGGCUCAUCCAAGGGUGCUGGUGCCGACGACGACUCUUAA